AUGCUUGUCACAUUCAUCAACAGAAAUAUCGGAAACUUUGACCGUAACCCCGAAUUAGCUGCCAUCAAUGCCCAUCACGCUCGUAUCAAACAUGAGAAAAGACGCCAGGCAAUAAGAGAUGCAGCUCGCAGACAAAACACUCUGCUGUUAAGCUAUUUUGAUGCAUCUGAGGCGUCUGCAAUCUCUUUAUCUGGACAAAUUGGCGGCUUGCGAGAUGACCCUUUCUGGACUCUUCCCGUGGAAAACACGUGCGAUGCCAUGAGCGGGUUCGACUACCAUUUCCAAGUCCUGUGCCCGCUCGCACUGAGCUUGGGCAACUACAACCCGGCCCAGCAUCAGAUCAUGAGGACCAACGUGCUCCAGACGCCUAUGUAUUGCAGUUCCAUGAUCGCCUUGAAUCUGACCAUGCAGCGGCUUCACAUGGACAGCAAGACGCGUCUGUCGAGGGCUGUCAUUUACCACCUGAAUAAUACUGUCGUCCAGUUGCGAGACGCGUUGCGAGAUCCGGCGACCUGCACGAGUGACAUUGUCCUCGCUACCAUCUUCCCAAUGGCUUCUGUCUACCGCAUGUUGAAUGAUCAUGCUGCUUUCAAGGCACACGUCCAAGGCGUCCGCCGCAUCGUCGAACUCCGCGGAGGGCUCGAUUCCCUGGGGUGGAGUGGCUUUUUGAAGAUAUCGGCUGUUGGGAUGUUUGAGUCUGCCGCUGUGUUGCACCGCCAACAGACCCAACGCAGCCAGGACGAAGCACAGGGGCUCAAGCUCGCCAGUGACUCGGUUGCGGAAUAUCCUUCCCUACCGCUCCCUCGAGCCUUGCAGGUCAAAAUAUCCAAACUCCCGCCCGGCCUGGCCUGUCUGGCCCUGCGACGCCGGCUCAGCCUGCAGUGCAUCAACUUCCUCCAGCUCUUUUGCGAGUGGCUCGCGGACAACAGCGUCACCCCUGGACCGCACGACUCCAUGACGGAGCUCGGCCACGACAUCCUCGCCGUGUCCGGUCUGGGCGCCACGGAACGGGUGCUCGCGGUGGCGAUCCAAGCCUACGUGAACUGGCUGGAGAGGACCGUGCGCCGCUGGUGCAACUACGCGUCCGAACACAGCGUCGAGAUGCAAAUUGCCAUGCUGGCCCGGGAGGUCGGGCUGGACGAUACGUGCGACGGGGACGCCCUUGCCUGGGCGUGUCUGCUCGUCAGAGACACGACCUCGCGGGGUUCCACGUCCUGGGGAUGGGCCACCAAGUAUCUGGCGAAGAUGGACCUGAGUGCUGAGAGGGAGGCGUAUCUCGACCGUCGUUUCUUCAGUCGUCCGGCCACGGCUGCGCCAGGUGUCACUUUCGGCCACAUUACACAUAAUGUCGGAGGAGGCUGA